AUGUACAGCGUGUUGGCUUCGGGAGCCGCCAGCCUAGCCAAGAGGGCUGCCGCUGGCGACGACGGUGGCCAUAAAUUCUACCAGCUCCCUCCCUGGGCUUACCUCGUCCUCCUUCUCACGGCCAUCGCCUUCCUCCCAGGGUUCCUCUUUGUUGGCUACACUCUUCAUGGCAUCUAUCCCAUCCUGGCCAUGGUGGAGGACCCCCAUCCUCCAGCUUACGAACCCCUCGCCUUGAACGAGGACGCUGAUGGCGCCCCUGCCACUCCUGGCAACGAACCCAAGGCUACGACCUCGAGUCUUCGCAGGACGAACCGUCUCCUCUUCUCGACUGCUGGGUGGCGUGCCAACUUCCGUGGCUUGCUGUGCUACCUCUGCAUUGCACUCUGCACCAGUAUUGUGACCGGCAUCUUCACCGCCAUCCCCUUUGUUCCUUCGCUCGUCGGUGUUUUGCUGGCUGGCCUUGCCCUCGUCCAGCUGACCACCGCCUGGGUGCACAUCGUCGUCUCGGUCCCCAGCAGCCUGCCGUUCUGGAAGCGGCUUCCUCCUUUCCGACGCACCUUUGAGGCUACUUGCGUGCCCGUCUUUGUCAACUGGGCAGCUUCCUCUGCUCUGGGCUUGAUUGUGUGGCUCACCGCUGCCGGCCUCAAGCUCCCCGUUUGGGACUACAAGAGGCCCAACGAGGUUCCCGUCGGGGACAGCAGCAUGAUUUGGAAGGACAUCGUUGUCAUACUUGUCUUCGUCGCCUUCACAGCCCUGGUCGUUGUUCCCACCCAGGCCGUGCUCAUCCGCGUGCAGGCGAGCCUGCUGCCUCCCGAUGCCGACACUAUCGUGCCUCUGGACCGCUCCUUCGGUGGAGUCGUUGAGCCUCUUAUUGUCGGUGGCAAGGGCUAUGCCUCCUGGAUGGCGGCGUUCAACACCUUCCCGCGCUCUUCGUGGAUUCGACUGUACAUCCUCUAUGCCAAGAUCGCGUUGGUCACGAUUGCAUUCUACGGUCUCGUCAUUGCCGUCAUUGUCCCAGAGGUCGUGCUCAUGUCGAACAAGACCAAGCGCAACUAG